GGCGCCCACUGCCUAGUGGAUUUGUAAAUUUAUUAAAUAAUAAGAUCAGACUGUGAGUCGGGCUGCCGUAUUUUUCGAGGAGGGAAUUGCAUAAAACUCGUGAGAAUUGGGUGAAUGUAAGGUGUAAUGUGUAUUUUUUUUAGUGAAUACUGUGUACUGAUCACAUGUUGUGUUUGUUUAAGCAUUUUUGAAGAAAGGUUUGUCUCUUUGCCUGUAACGAAUUUUUCGGACUGACUGUGUUCAAUUGUGUUAUUAAAAAACGAAUUCGGUGACUAUUUGGUACUGCAGUGAGCGAGAUGGCAGAUCGUCGUCUAGUGGAAAUGCAGAGUUCUCCUAGCCUCCGUCGCGUUAGCGCAUUUUUGUCCUAAAUUUCAAUAAAAACAACCGUAAAUAAUUUAAAAUAGGGAAAUGAUGUGAUAGAAGCCGACCAUAGUGUUAUUUGUGAGUGAAAAAUACGUGAUUCCGUUCAUAAUAUGCUCAAGUGUUUAUUGCUCAAGACUGAAAUAGUUCCUUGAAAUGGCUAGUGAUUAUUUACGUCCAAAAAGUGAAUUGAAUAGUGAUUUAGUGUCGUAAAUAUUUGUGUUAAAAAUUGAUUGAUUCGUGUUAUUGAUAUUAGCGCCAUCUAUUGCGGGAUAGUGAUGUUAAGUUGACAAUGGAGGCCGGUUAUAUACCGGUGAGCGCUCCCGGCGCGGCACAAGUUCUACAGUCAGCCGUUAUGGCGCCACCGGCGAAUGUAGUUCGCGCGCCCGGUUUGAAACGCGGCAAAAUGGAGGAGGCCAUUUCUGAUCGGAUUAAGUUGGAGACUGUGUAUGGCUUGACAGUGAGCAGUAAUGCGGCACUGGACUGCGAUCCGAAUUCUGAACUAGUAGCAUAUCCAGCCGGAUGCACAGUAGUCCUCUACAAUGUACGCAAGAACAGGCAGGCUCACGUUUUGAACGCCUCACGUAAGAGUGUCACGUGUGUUGCCUUUUCACCCGAUGGACGUUACCUGGCAACGGGGGAGUGUGGCCACGCGCCGGCAGUCCGAGUUUGGGACCUACAGGAUCCCAUGGCGUCGGGUGCGGUACAAAUAGCUGAAUUUCCGGGUCACACGCAUGGAGUCAACUGUGUUGCAUUCUCAACGUCUUCCAAGUACCUGGUAUCAGUUGGUUCGCAGCAUGACAUGAUAGUGAAUGUAUGGGAUUGGAGAGCGAACCUCAAAUUAGCUAGCAAUAAGGUGUCAUCACGCGUGAAGGCUGUCAGUUUCUCAGAACAAGGGAAUUAUUUCGUGACAGUUGGCUUCAGACAUGUCAAAUUUUGGUUCCUCGAGUACUCAAGAAGUGCUAAGUUCAAAGAACCAGUUCCUCUCAUGGGUAGGUCUGCCAUCCUCGGAGAGCAGAAAGACAAUGAGUUUUGUGACGUCGUUUGUGGGAGAGGAGAAGCGGCAGAUAGCACAUAUGCCAUUACGAGGAGCGGUCUUCUAUGUGAAUUCAAUAGCCGGAGACUGCUUGACAAAUGGGUGGAAUUGAGGACAACGAGUGCAAAUUGUAUGGCGAUAGGAGCAAAUUAUAUAUUUGUUGGAUGUGCGGAGGGAAUUGUAAGGUGUUUUGCCCCGGAUUCCCUAAAAUACGUAACAACUUUACCAAGGACACAUUAUUUAGGGGUCGAUGUAUCACAGGGUGUUAAUAUCAACCAUAUGUUCAGUCAGCCAGCAAACGCAAAGUAUCCCGACGCAGUAGCGUUGACAUACGAUGAGAGGAACCACAAACUAACAUGCGUGUACAACGACCACAGUCUAUAUGUAUGGGAUGUACGAGAUAUUAAACGGGUCGGCAAAUCCCACUCAGCGCUAUACCACUCGGCAUGCAUUUGGGGCGUAGACAUGGUUGGGAUGGGGGGUCCUUUACCACCAGGAACAUUCCUGACGUGUUCCAGCGAUGACACAGUUAGACUAUGGCAUUUGAAACCGGAACCACCGAAUAUUUAUAGUAAUGAAUUAAACAAGGUAUUAUAUAUAGACCCAGAAUUGAAGUUCCUCAAGGAUGUAGAUCUCACGGCCACCAGCGAUCGCGAUAAAUCAAAGACCUAUGAUGAUAAGAUUGGAGUCAGAUGCGUACGGGUAUCCCCUUGCGGGCGUCACUUAGCAGCAGGAGACAGGGCUGGAAACAUUUGGAUCCAUAAUGUUAAUGGAAAUGGAACGCCGGCGCAUACAUUAGAGGCACAUGACGCUGAAGUCCUGUGUCUGGAGUACUCCGAACGACCAAGAUUGCUGGCUUCGGCCUCGCGAGAUCGGCUUAUACAUGUUUUCUUAGUUGAUAAGGGCUACCAAAUCCUCCAAACAUUGGACGAACACUCCUCUUCCAUAACAGCAGUUCGAUUUCUUAGUUCUGGCGGUGGCCUGCAGAUGGCGUCCUGUGGCGCGGAUAAGACUAUCCUGUUUAGACAAUUGAGUACGAUGCCAGAUGGCAGUUACCAAUUCGCUCGUGGACAAAAUGUAUCAGGCCGCACUACUUUGUACGACAUGGAGGUGGACGCUGGAGGAAGGCAUAUACUCACUGCUUGUCAGGAUCGUAACGUCAGAGUAUACAGCGCGUCUCACGGACGUCAUACGAAGACAUUCAGAGGCACAACCGCGGAAGACGGCACAUUGAUCAAGGUUGCAUUGGACAGUAGUGGUAUCUAUCUUGCAACGUCUAGUACGGAUAAAAUACUCAGUGUGUACGAUUACUACUCCGGCGAAUGUAUGGCUACUAUGUAUGGACACUCGGAGAUUGUUACUGGUCUUAGAUUUACCCCCGACUGCCAGCACUUAAUAUCGGCGAGUGGGGACGGAUGUAUAUUCGUAUGGCGAGUUCCACAUGACAUGGUUGUCACUAUGCGGGCGAGGCUGGCGCAGCAAGCAAUUCGGCAGGGGAGAAAAGCGCCAUCUAACGGUAUGUCAGGUUUGGAAAGCGAAACCGACUCGCAUUUGGGUUCACCGCCCAGGGAACUGACGGCUGACGACAAAUUUGCUGCGCCCGUUGUGCCCGACUAUACGUUAAGAAUAGGACGCUUACCUUCAUGGGCCAAGAAAAGUUUAGGAAAUGAGCUAACAGCACCGGAAACACCCCCAGAGCCACCUGCGAGAGGAAAAUGGGCUACUCGAAUACUACCCGCUAAUGAAAAACGAGGCGAUUCCGACGGUUCUAAGGAUAGUUCGCUAGAUAGCGGUACGGACACACGGUAUAUUGAGAAAAGAAGGGAACAGGGGGUAAAACAGAGGCCGAAAUCGCUCAACUUGUCGCAACUCCCCCGUGUUGAAGCUUUGUUCAGGAAUUUUGACCGUAACAUGAGAGCUACUUACGAUAUUUUGACGAUAUCUCCAAAAGCAGAGAAGGUAACAAUUAAUUUAACUAAAACAAGAACACAAGAGUCUCGAGUGCGACACCACACUGACGACUCGUCGCUUGGCAGUCUUAAGUUUGAGGAUCAAGAAUCGACAGAACACGAUGGUGAUGUUGAGGACAUUUCUGAUGGAGAGAGGACAUCUUCAUCAGAGAGAGGGAGACCCACCUACUACCCGGGAAACAAUGAUACGGAGACUCCUAGUGAAUUUAUGGUGACAGCAAUGGAUGAAACUGAGCUAAGGCAUUCAAUGCGUCGCUCGAAGCGUUGGACAGGCGAAACACCAAGACUGGACUUGCCUCCCGCUGCUUCUCUGAGUGGAUCGCCGCACGACUCUGACGAGGAUGAGGUGUCAACGCCAUCUGGUGAUAACGCGGAUCGUAAUCCACUUUCCGGUUCUUGUGAGUCCAUAGACACGGCCGGGAGAAGAGAAAAGUAUAUUAAAUCUGCGUUUGACAGUUUGAGUGGAGUGGACAUGGAUAAUGGUAACGCUGCGAACACGGGUCAUAAUUCAUUAUCGGCGAAACACUUAUCCCGCGGACCGACACUUAGGCCGGACCCUGAAGCCAUCAGAAAUAGAGAAGAAUUGCAGAGAAGGAUACAAGAGACUAGAAGGCAGUUGGAUAGUUUGGCGUACCGUUCAAAUCUAAAGUCGAGUCAGUCGACAACAGAUCUAUCGUAUAUUCCUGAAAAAGACGGCUCCAAUAGGAAUAGAUUAUCUAUAGGAUCACCUAGUAACUCUAGGAAUUACGCGCGCACGCAUCUGACGCCGGAAGCGAGUGAGACAGGUAUGCGUCGUGCUAUCUCACUGUCGGACCUCGCGGCCAAGCCAGUGCCGGCUCCCAGGACGCCGCAAGGUCCUUCAAAACCUGUGCCAUCAAAUGCAAACACCAGCAAAUCGCCCAGCGGCUUCGUCCGCCCUGCACCACGAUACACAAAAUCUAAUAUGACUAGGAGUAGCAGCGUUGGUGUAUUGAACCAGAGUGACUCUGAAUCGGAUCCUCAGCCGACUCGACAGCCCAGAGUCGGAGGUCUAAUGAGACCAACGAUAAGUUCUAUGAACAAGCAAGCACCUACAACCGCUAGGAGGCGUGGUCUAUCUAAUGCGUAUAGUACAGCGAACGUCGCUCGCUCAGAAUCAAGUUCUGAGGCUGAAGAACGGACAGAAACAAGACCAAGGGCCGCCUCGGUGGACAGGGCGUCUAGGAGACUGGGGGCCGGUCGCAGCGGCAGCGAGCGUGAUUUAUCAGCGAAGGCUCGAGAGGUGACGAAUCGGCUCACCUCUAACUCACGACAGAGGCCCAAGCAAGAGACUACUGAUAAUAAUGUGUCAUCAUCUCAGCUAUGUUCGGCUCUCACGGAACAGCUAACUAAGACGGCGAGUAAAGUCGUUCAGUUAUAUCGCACACUGCAGAGGGAACCAAAUGCUGCAGCCGAUAUCAGUGGACUCGAAGCAGCAAUCCUCGAGACACAGAAAGUCCUGCGCGGCGCUGUUCAAGGGGAACCGGACAAUAACAGACAAAGGAUUGACAAUCUUCUUUCAAAAGAAGGCGCCGCAACUGGCAACCCAGCAAUGACUCUCAUAGAGCAAUACUCGGAUAUCUUGCUCAACAUGAUGCAGAGCAAAAUGGUGAACCAGUUCUCACAGAGUCCACAAAGUCUACCCCCCACCCCAAGAGAACCGGGUGGGGAAAGCUAGUGAUUAGUGAAGUGAAGUAUAUUUAGUGUAAAAUGGAAUUGAUAAGUGUAAAGUGGAAUUGUAAAGGAAACAAAAACGGAAUUAAUAUGAAAAUAUAAAAUAAAAAAAUAUUUACUUAAGUUCCAUUUUGAAUUAAUAUGUUCUUAUUUAUGGAAUAAAAUUUAUGUUUAUGGUAAUCGUUAGUGUUUAACGGAAUUGUAACUGGAUUUUAUUUUCUUAUUAGAUAACAUAUAAUUUGGUAAAUUAUUAUUUGAAUAUAUUGGAAAAUAAUUAAAUAUGUGACGGGAAUAGAUUGGAAGGUUUGAUAAAAAAAUUAAAAACUGUUAUAAGUAGAUAUGAAUAUAAGUGUAUUUUUUCUUAAAAUACUAUUUUUUUUGUAUAAUUUGGGAUUUAUUUUUAUCGUGGUUGAACCACUUAAAACGGAUUUUGUAAUGGAAUUGAACAUGUAGAACACUUAUUACAAUUAUAUUUCAUUUAAAAUUGCUGACAAUCUUAUGAAUACAUUGUAUUUAUUAUGGCUAGUAUUAAAUUGUUUUACAAAGAUCUGCUAUUUAAAAAAAUACGUGUGCUGUUUAACAAUUGACAAAGGAAAAUUUCAGAGCUGUCAGACGAAAACGAUUGGACCUUUAGUCAUCAUAAAGUCUAGAAUCUUCGUUAGAAAUAAAACGAUUUUGAAAAAUAAAAAUUAAAUAAUGGGUUAAAAUCUUAACCUUAAACGCAUUUAAAUCAUUCCAAUUUUGGAGGCAAGGCCGCCAUCUUAGACAUGUCAAAUUGGCACUCGGGUUGUCAAUGUCAAAUUGACGCGGGAUUUAUGAGCGUGCACAUAGUGUAUCGUUUGUGUGAUAAUUACUGAUAGAAUCUGAAAAUAAUCUGUUGAAAUCAUGUCAGUUUUCUCAUAAAACAUUUAUAAUAUGUGCAUGACUUUUGUAAAUAAAGUGUAUAAUACAUGUGUUUAAUUUUUAAAGUAUUACCUACGCUAAUAAUAGUAUGUGAAUUUUAAUAAUUCAUGUUAUGAUUGACUACACUGCGAUUUUUCCUUUUAUAUUUCUAAUUGAAAACUGUUUUAAGGCUUACGAUGUGCGAUAAUCCAAUGUAUUAUCCAUUUUAAUAAUAUAUUUUCGCGUCGUCUAAUAUAGACUUUACUCACUAUAGACUAAAGCACAUUUAUGCAUGAUGCAGCAUGUAAAUCAUUAUUGUUAUAAUGAAAAAAUCGCAGUCGUUAGUCAAAAUCUGAUCAGGUAACAUUGUAUUUUAAGAAAUAUUAAUUGUAAAUGUUAAAAUAACACGAUAAUAUCGUAUUAUUUUUAAUAUGGAGUAAAAUUUAUAGCAAUUAUAAUAUGUUUUGAAAUUACAAUGUUGCCGACAGAAUUUUAGCGAAAACCAAAAUAACUUUAAACUAUUACGUCCUGUAAGUCAAUGUAGUAUUUAAGCUUAUCGUCACAAUUAUAUAAUACAUAAUUAUAAUAACUAUUUCUCGUAAGUUACUUCUGUUUAAAAUUUUGAUCUGUGAAAUUAAUUUUGACACUAUACAGCGUACUCCAUAGUAUUUUUUUUCAAUUCUUUUGACAUCACUAUAUUUUUGCUCUCGCAAAUUAUAUAAUAUUUAUUUUGUAUUUCAAAUUAAAAAAAACAUAGUGGCGUGCUUUACACGGACACAGGUUAAAAUUUUGAUCACCCAUUUAAUUCAAUAAAAAACCUUUGAGAGAGAAGUCGAUAAUAAUUUCACAUAUUUCAAGUAGCAGAUGUAAGCAUUUUUGUUUUAGUUUAGAAAAACAUGAGUAUUACUAAAGUUUUUUUUAACUAAAAUGGAAAAUUUAAAGUACUAGACUUUCAAUAUUUUACUUAAAUUUUGUAAUGGAUGUAUAAUCUUACUGUUUAUUUCUAUUACGCCUUUCUUUAUUAAUCAAAGAAUCGUCGAUCAUGUCUUUUUAUUCUAUGUACCUAUUUUAUUUUUUAAUGUUUCAUCCAUUACAAAAUUAAAGAAAACACUUUUGAAACUUGGUUAUUCGGUUUCAAACUUUCUUAAAUUUAUAUGUCAGAUUAUGAGUAACCACAGAUUGUCAUUGAAUAGCCAGGUAAUCGAGUUUCCACUGUCAUUUUAUAUUUUAUCUGUAGUGUAGUUGUCACAAAAUGACAGUGUCUUACGACAAUUGCCGCGAAUUAAUGAAAUUGUACUUGUUUUUAUCUAUGCAAGUAAAAAUAAAACUUUUGGCGGAUAUAAACUUUAUAGUUUUAUUACUAAGCUUGUAUUAGAAAACGAUACUUUUUGGUCUGCGAGGAACCGUAAAAGAUUGUCCGCUUGUGAUGACGUUAGACGGGUUAUUCUAAAGGUCGUUUCUCGUAAGAAUGUAGAUAACUUUUUUAUUUAAUGUUCAAAAUUGUAUUGCCAUGAACGAAAAAGACUAAUGUGUAAUAUUAAUAUAGGAGUGAUAAUACAAUAUAAUUUCA